CAAUCUCUACUUCUUUCUCACUGCAACGACAACCUUUUUCUCUCAUUUCUUCCUCGAAACACAAACACAGACAGACAGAAACACAAACACCACAGCUUUGGUCUGGUUGUGGUGGUUUUUGUUUUUGAAAGAGAAAAAAGGAAAAAACCCAUUAAAGAUUAAGCUGCACAACUAAGUGUCAAGAUGGUUGCACAGGAAUUCACUGUCGAUCUAGAUAAGCCCCUUGUCUUCCAGGUUGGCCAUCUAGGAGAAGCUUAUGAAGAAUGGGUCCACCAGCCUAUUGUAAGCAGGGAAGGCCCUCGGUUUUUUGAGAGUGAUUUUAUGGAGUCCUUGACACGCACAGUUUGGUGGGCAAUUCCAUCUAUUUGGCUGCCUGUUAUAUGCUAUUUUGUCUUAAAAUCUGUAAGGAUGGGCCAUACGCUUCCCGAGGUAGCCUUAAUUGUGGUUGGUGGUGUUUUCAUUUGGACAUUGCUCGAAUACACUUUGCAUCGCUUCCUUUUCCACAUAAAAACAAAAAGCUAUUGGGGGAACACAAUGCAUUAUCUUCUUCAUGGUUGUCAUCAUAAGCACCCUAUGGAUGGUCUCCGCCUUGUUUUUCCUCCAGCAGCAACAGCUAUUCUCUUGGUGCCCUUCUGGAACAUGGUCAAGUUGUUUUCUACUCCUUCAACUACUCCUGCUCUUUUUGGAGGUGGUUUACUGGGCUAUGUGAUAUACGACUGCACUCAUUACUACCUGCACCAUGGUCAGCCCGCAAAUGAAGUACCAAAAAAUCUCAAGAAAUAUCACAUGAAUCAUCACUUCCGGGUGCAAGAUAAGGGCUUUGGAAUCACUUCAUCAUUGUGGGACAGAGUGUUUGGAACACUUCCUCCUUCAAAAGUGGCAAAGAAAAUAUAGAUUAUUUAAUUGGAAGCCUAGUAGUCAAUCUAGCAAGGGUGAGGCUGGAAAGGUCAGAUCAAGAAUUUGUCAUAUUAUAUUAGUCAAUGCAUCAACUUUUGAAUUUUGUGCCAUGAAAAAUCCUUAACUUAUUGCUACAAGUCAAAAGCGGCUUCAAAUCUCCUCAGCAUAACAAAAUCUUUCAAAGUUGGAAGUUACCACGAAGUUCAAGUUAGCCUUGAAGUCAACCAAUUGGGU